CUACUACCUACAUACCUAAUCCACCCCGUGCCCAACCUGAGCGAUUUACUGCUUUUCUGAGCGACUUCCUUGCAGCAUUCUGCCGCACUGCAUUGCAUCACAUCCUCGUCACUUCGAUCAGAAUCAUCUGAAAGUAUCAAGUCACACCAUCCGUUUCCUCUCGGCUUCUCGCAUCUGAACCCUGAUCACCGGCACGUCGACGUGUCUUCUACUCCUUACAACCCCCCCAGCGAGACGGGCUUACCCUCCCUUGUCUCGGGUAAGGGGACAGAGUGCAAUAAUUUCACUCUUAAGAUACGUUCAGUCAAGGGGACGACCGCUAAGCGCGAUGCUGAAGAAGAAGUCUUCACACCCUCCUCUACUCUUCUGGCACAGUUCCCCCACUUCUACUCCAGAACUCUCCCCGACCUCGUCAUCUUCGGAUACCGAGUCGGACGAGGACAUGGACGCCUCUGGUUCACGCCCGCUUAGUCUGGCUGUUCCUCAGGGCACCUUCUGUCCGAUGCGUCCGACUCUUGAUGAGGUGCUCGCGAAUACGGCACCUGCUCCUUACACGCUCGGUGCUUUCAUGGCCUAUCUCUCGCAGAAUCAUUGCCUCGAGACUUUAGAAUUCACAUUGGAUGCAAAGCGGUAUCGGGAAACAUAUAAUGAGCUCAGCCGUCAACUGGGACAGUUUCCGAUCGAGGCUGAUUGUUCGGAGAGCCGACAUCUGCGUAUGCUCUGGCAACGACUUUUAUCAGCGUACAUUCUCCCUGGAUCCCCGCGCGAAAUCAACGUUUCGAGUGAGGUCCGUGAUGAUAUUCUUCGACAUGCCAACUCUUCUAUCCCCCCUCCUCCUUCGAUGCUUGACGCGGCGGUUAAACUUGUUCACGACUUGAUGGAGGAGUCGAUCUUCAUGCCGUUUCUGAACGCCCACUCAUCCUCGGCCCAUGUUUACCCACUCUCGGAACCUCUGUUUUCUCAGGACGAUGGUGGUGUCACAAUUGUCUCCAACCCGAGUCUCGACGAGCACGCAGUCAAGCGAGUCCGAUCGAAAGGGGGGCGCCUAUCGCCCCGGCAAUCGCGGGAGUUGGGAUCCCCCAUUUCUUCGAGCCCGCCUUCUAGCCUUUCUCGUUCCAAUUUCUCCCUUAAUGCGGUCACUUCGCUUGGCAAAUCGUCUCAUCGAUCGUCAAACCAGCCGUCAAGUGCAAGUGGGGAAUCUGGGUCAGCUGGUUUGUCUGACGACUCUGGCAGUAUGCAGUCGAGCGCUGGGGAGCCAAUGACCCCCCCGACGACCCCGCCCUCUAGCGAGCCCAGCAUGCAGACAGGCAGUCCGAAGAACCGCAUGGAUAACCCCUGGAAGAAAAUGGGUAUGAAGCUCGGGUUCAAGAGACGGGGCGGCGGUAGUCAAAGUAUGCGACUCCCCCAUGAGGAAUGA